GCCAACAUUUCUGACCGACACCGAUUCAGUCGGUUCCUUACAACUACUAUCACAAGGAAAAACAUACAAUUUUCGGAAUCUGCAUUUCCAUUUCGGAGUUCACCUUGGCAAAGGGUCGGAACACUCUGUCGACGGAAAGUUUUAUCCAGCAGAGGCACACCUAGUCCACACGGGGACAGAGGAAGGGGGCGUGUCUAUAGUCGUACUAGGAGUGUUUUUAACAAUACAGGAAGACAAUUCCGCUGAACCGAACCCCGAGCUUACUCGAAUGGUUGGGAAAUAUGUUGAAAAAAUUCAACAACCCGAUGAAAAGACACCUGCUGAUAUUAAACCCUACGCUGUUCUGCCUAAAAAUCUCCACUACUACACCUACAGCGGAUCGCUGACCACGCCCCCAUGCACGGAACAUGUCCGCUGGAUAGUUAUGCAGGAACCGGUGAUAAUUUCUCAGGAGAGCAUUACAACACUCCGCUCCUUAUAUGGUCACAAGGGUCUGAUGUCAGAAGACGGGAACAGGCGACCGGUUCAGCGACAGGACACAGCAGACGUCAGCGUCGGCGAAUUGAAACACUAAUAUCUUACUUUGCAGUUUUGUUUCCUAUUAAAAUGUAUGCAGUAAAACUAUCAAA